AUGCGCAAAAAAAAGGCCAGAGAGCCGAAGAAGAUAGCCAAAACGGCGCGGAAGCUUCGAGGAAUUAAAGCGAAGCUCUUCACGAAAAAGAGGUAUUCGGAGAAGGCCACCAUGAAAAAGACCAUCAAGGCACAUCAGGAAAAGGAUGCCAAAGCGAAGGACGCUGACGAGGUCAAGCCUGGAGCCGUCCCGGCUUACCUGCUGGAUAGGGAGCAGGUGAGGAGAACAAAGGUGCUAUCAAACAUGAUCAAGCAAAAGCGAAAGGAGAAAGCAGGCAAGUGGCAAGUGCCAAUCCCCAAGGUUAAGGCCAUGACAGAGGAUGAGAUGUUCAAGAUCCUCCGGUCCGGGAAACGCAAGAAGAAGGCUUGGAAGCGCGUGGUGAACAAAGUGUCAUUUGUUGGCGACAACUUCACACGAAAGCCUCCGAAGUUCGAAAGAUAUAUUCGACCUGCAGCUUUGAGAUUCAAGAAAGCGCACGUGACCCAUCCAGAGCUGAAGAUGACAUUCUGCUUGGACAUCGUCAGUGUCAAGAAGAAUCCGCAGUCCGCGCUGUACACUUCUCUGGGCGUCAUCACAAAGGGAACCAUCAUUGAGGUGAAUGUGUCUGAACUUGGCCUAGUGACUCAAACUGGAAAGGUUAUAUGGGCCAAGUACGCGCAGGUCACCAACAAUCCUGAUAUUGAUGGUUGCAUCAAUGCUUUGUUGCUUGUGUAA